AUUGUUUUGGCGGCUGGUUGGUGAAUUUAUAGACAGCAAAUUAAUUUACAGACUAGUUUAAAAAUAACUAUACGGAAGAAAUUAACUGCAUUAUAAAAGGUUUCCUGGUUUUUUAAAUACCAUGUCGAAACGUAGUUCGAGACAAGGUUCCCCGCUUGAGCUAGACGCUGGAGGAUAUGAUUCCUCCUAUGAAGGAGAUGAAGAAGAAAAACAUCGGAAAAAGAGGAAGAAUGAUUGGCUUGUGAAAGACAAAACGAAAAGUGAAGGCUUGGUUCCGAAAUCUGCCUUUGCCGAGCAAUAUUCCCAAGAAGCAAGAAGAAGUAUGCAGUCACAACUGAGAGGAUUAACAGCUUAUGACCGUCACAAGCUCCUGAUCAAUCAGUACUAUCUCACCAUACCAGGAGCUGUUGAUAUCCUGAAACGUGACCAAUCUAAGGAUAAAAGAGAUUUUGACGUUAUCAAAGAUAACCAUCAAUUUCUUUGGGAGGAGGAUGAUGCAGUUGAUACUUGGGGAAAACAGAUAGCAAAGAAAUACCAUGAUAAGCUGUUUAAAGAGUACUGUAUUUGUGAUCUUAGAAAAUAUAAGGAAAACAAGGUUGGAAUUCGGUGGAGAAUCGAAAAAGAAGUUGUCACUGGUAAAGGGCAGUUUAGUUGUGGAGAACAACACUGCAUGGAGAAGGAAAAUUUGAAAACCUGGGAAAUUAACUUCGCUUAUGUAGAGCAUGAAUUGAGAAAGAACUCCUUAGUCAAAAUCCGUUUGUGCAGCGAUUGUUCACAUAAGCUCAACUUUCAUCACAAAAGAAAAGAAGUGACGAAAAAGAAGAACAAAAAAGAAAUAAAAAGCAAACAAUCAGCAGGUGACCGGAGACAGAGUGAUGGAGAACCAAGGUCUGAGAAGGUGACUCCAGUAACCAGUAGAGAUGACACGCUUGACGGUGGAGAGACCUCUAUUCCUUCCAGCAAAAAUCAAGAACUUAUUGACAGCACAGACGUUUGGCGAGAGGGCCAACAGUCAAUUGAAGAAAAAUCCCGUGAUGAAGAAUUUGAAGAGUUUCUAGAAGACUUGUUUCUGUGAAACAUAACUUUCUUAAAGAAUGUGACCCCAACAUUUCAAUUUUCUUCAGGUAAUUUAACACAGUAGAACUAAGGAAAAA